AGACAAUCAGUCGCUUUUGAAUCGUCUAAAGUAUUAGCGCAGUCCUGGACUAAAUGAUACAAAUGCUCAGAAAUUACAAAGUGGUGGUGGGUCGAACUUUUCUUUCGUGUAAAGGAUUCUCAGCUGGAAUCGGAGUUGGUUUUACCCUUGGCGUUUCGGUUGCCAUUUAUUUCUUCGGUUACUCACCUUGUUACAAUCACGGUGUCUUCCGUACUCACUGGCAAGGCCACGGUGGCGACACAAUAAAUUUCACAACAGAGGCAGGAUUACAAAUGAGUGACACAUCCAGCGCAAUGUCACUGAAGAAACGAGACCGAAUUCUCUGCUGGAUCGUCACGUCUCCCAAAACUCACAACAGAGCUCGUCUAAUUAGAGAAACUUGGGGCAAACGUUGCGACACCUUACUAUUCAUGAGUUCUGCUCAAGAUGAGGUAUUACCUGAUGCCAUCGUCUUACCCGUGAACGAUACCUACGCCAAUUUAUGGGGCAAGACCAAAGAGGCUCUCAAAUACAUUUACACGUAUCACUUGAACGAAGCUGAUUGGUUCUACAAGGCCGAUGAUGACACGUACGCUGUGAUGGAGAACAUGCGUCACUUGCUGUCCUCCUACGAUGCUGCAAAACCAACCCAUUUCGGAUUUAGGUACGAAAAUCCCAACAACGGCAAGCAUUUCAUGUCCGGUGGAUCGGGUUACGUUUUGACGAAAGAAGCCGUACGUCGGUUCGUCGAACUGGGCAUUGGCAAUGUCACGAACGAAGUGGAAAUGACAUCUUUUGCUAAUAAAACUAAUGCUUGCUCACCUGGUCACAAAGGACUUGAGGAUGCCAAGUUAGGAAGCUGUUUAGAAAAGUUGAACGUGGCAGCUGGAGAUUCUCGUGAUGAGAACGAAGAGGAACGUUUUCUACCGUUUAGCCUGGAAGAAAUGAUAUGCGGCCAUUUGAAAUACAAACCUGAAGAUUAUUGGAUGCUGCGUGAAUGGUCGUUCUAUUUUCCGCUCAAACAGGACAUGAAAUGCUGCUCACAACACGCCGUGGCCUUCCACUACGUCAAGGAUUACCAACUGAAAGUAUACGAAUACCUGAUUUACAAGUUACGACUCCAUACGAACCCGUAACGGAUGUGCUGAACCCAAUGAGA